UGAUAAAAAUAAACCCAAAUAAAUCGACUAACGAUUUUUUUUCCUAACAAACUUUUUAUGGUUCUCUUCCAGCCGCUGCUGCAAUGCUUCUUCAUUCACUGCUUCAGUCAGCAGAAAAAAAAGAAAAGAAACAUCACACACUUUCGCUUCCAGUAACAAAUUGGUUGGAGUUUUUAGCUCACGCAAACGAUUGCAUUUGCGCUAAGCGUUGAAAUCAAGCGCUCACCACCAACACUACUAGCGCAGCCCAGUGUGAUCAAUGUGCCGGCCAGGCUGGCAUUUAGUAAAGACUUCAACGCGAUCGUACAGUCAAACCUUCAGUCAGCAAAAUGCAACCCUUCCUAGCGGCUGUACUGCGGCUGUGCGUCGGACUGCUGAAGGCUUGGUUGAGCCGUGUUUGGCUUCAGCUGAGACCACCUUCGGCAAACAUCUGCACCGUUACGAUCGGGCCGGGUAAGGUGCGUGGUCUAACGUGUGUGACGGAGGAUGGCACACAUUACCAUCAUUUCAAGGGCAUUCCCUAUGCCGUGCCUCCAGUCGGUGAUCUACGCUUUAUGCCUCCCGUACCGCUGGAAACGUUCCAAAAGCCUGUGUUAGAGUGUUUCGUCGAGGGCAGCAAAUGUUUACAGUACGAUCAGAUUCUUAACGUGCUGGUUGGAUCAGAGGAUGGUUUGUUUCUUAACGUUUACACGCCAAAACUGGCCGGUGAAAACUCUUCCGGACUUCCCGUGAUGGUGUACGUACACGGUGGAGGGUUCCUGAGUGGCAGUGGUGACUCGUUCCUGUACGAUCCAAGCUACUUUAUGGAGCAACGUGUGGUGAUCGUCACAUUCAACUAUCGGCUCGGGCCGCUCGGAUUUCUAAGCUUCCCUGAGGCCGGUAUUGAAGGAAAUGCGGGACUGAAAGAUCAGUUACUGGUGCUACGGUGGAUUCAGCAGAACAUUGCCCCGUUCGGAGGUGAUCCGAACAAUGUUACACUGUUUGGAGAAAGUGCAGGUGCUAAGGCGGCCUAUCUGCACUAUCUUUCUCCUGUUUCCAGGAAAUAUUUCCAUCGUGUGAUCUGCCAAAGUGGUGUCGCUUGUUCCGACUUCGCCCUGCAAGUCGAUCCAAGCGCAAAGGCACGCAAGCUAGCGAAAUGUAUGGGCUAUCACGGUUCCUCUGAUAGCGAAGCUCUAGAUGUCCUCAUGAAAGCAUCGGCCAAGGCUCUAUUAAAACAUCAACUAGAAACUUUAGGAGACGAAGAACAAUAUCAAGAAUUAAAGUUUCCAUUCCGUCCCGUCAUAGAGAGGCCCCAUCCUGGUGCCAUUAUCAUUCAAAAUCCUCUGGAUGCUCUACAAACUGAACUUGAUCCACCCAUUCCCCUGAUUACCGGGUGUAACAGUGGCGAAGGUAUGGUCGCACUGGGAAAAGCUAAGAACCAUCUCCACGAAUACAAUCUCCACCCGGAACGGUUACUUCCUCCCAUGUUACACCUUCCCCCCGGGACAAAUGCAAAUGAGUUGGGCAAAACAGUAAAACAAUUCUACUUCCAAACACGUCCAAUCAGUGACGACACUCUACCAGCGCUGAUGGAUGUCCUAUCGGACAAUGAGUACAUUACCGCAACAGUUACGGCAGCAGAACUGGUGGCCAAAUAUCAACCAAAGGUGAAACAUUACUGUUACUACUUCACGCACGAUGGUCGGUUGGGAAAUACGAAGCAACUGCUAAAUAUGGCUCAGCUACCGGGUGUCUGCCAUGGAGAUGAUGUGUUCUACAUGUUUCGUUCUGCCCUAAAUAUGACCGUGCCGGAUGAUGCGGAUGAAACCCGUGUUCGUAAAGCGUUCGUCAGGAUGUGGAGCAAUUUCGCUUACCUAGGUGAUCCAACACCGGACAAUGGUGACCGAUCAAAGGGAUUGACACGGUGGGACCCGGUAGAACCAUGCCCGUCCGUACGUCCGCUGGUUACAGUGAAACAGGGUAAGGUACGUGGCAUUACCUCGACCUUGCCCAACGGUGGCCAGUAUCACUACUUCAAGGGCAUCCCGUACGCUGAGCCACCGGUUGGGAAGUUACGCUUUAGAUCACCAGUUCCUUUGGAACGAUUCCGCAAACCGAUCGUUGAUUGUUACGCCGAGCGGAUCAAUGGUGUGCAGAAAGAUUUCUUCUCGUCGUAUGUCAGUGGUGCCGAAUCAUGCCUCUACCUAAACGUGUAUACACCCCGCUUACCCGGCGAAGCCGAUACUACCAAAGGUGUUCCCCGGGUACCAGUAAUGGUGUACAUCCAUGGUGGUGGCUUCAUGAGUGGUAGCGGUAGCGGGUUCUUCUGCAAUCCGGAAUACUUCAUCCAACAGGAUGUGCUCGUCGUCACCAUCAACUAUCGGUUGGGACCGUUCGGAUUCCUCUACCUGCCGUCCGCCGGUAUCCCGGGAAAUGCGGGCCUUAAAGAUCAGUUACUCGCACUGAGAUGGGUCAAUGAAAACAUUGCUCAAUUCGGUGGCAAUCCGGACAAUGUAACAUUGUUUGGCGAAAGUGCCGGUAGUAUGUCGGCAUAUUUGCACUACCUCUCGCCAAACUCGAGGAAGUACAUCCAUCGGGUAAUAUGCCAGAGCGGUGUGGCCAUUACGGACUCGUUCUUCCAGGUCGAGCCGGAAGAAAAGGCACGCAAAUUGGGAAGAUUUUUCGGCUACACCGGUAACACCGAUCAGGGCGUGCUUGAAACACUCGAAAAGGUACCAGCAAAAGAGCUGGCAAAACAUCAAAACGAAGCGAUCAGCGAGGCAGAAAAGCAACUGGCCCUGAUCUUCAUUUUCCGCCCGGUAAUCGAACAGCACCAGACAGAUGACAGUAUCAUCACAAAGCACCCGAAGGAUCUGCUCAAGUCCUACGAUACGCUUCGAAUGCCACUGAUGGAAGGUUGUAACGAUGGCGAAGGUAUUUUGGCCUUGCGCAGCCUGGGCAAACGAUGGAAGUCGUUCGAUAAAGCUCCGGAACGGUUUGUACCGGUAUUGUUGGGUAGGUCACCGGAUCUGGACCGGAGUGUCGUAGGUCGUGAGAUCAAGCGAUUCUAUUUCGGCGAUCGCGCCGUAAACGAACGUACGAUCGAUAAGAUGUGCGAUGUUAUGUCCGACAACACGUUCAUCACCAACUCCGUCACCAGUGCCGAAUGGUUGGCAAAGUUUCAACCGAAUGCGCCACACUUUCACUAUCGCUUCACGUUCGAUGGUCGGUUUAGUUUGCUGAAGCGGCUCUUCAUGCUUUCCCAUGUGGCCGGUGCUUGCCAUGGUGAUGAUACGCUGUAUAUGUUCAAUCCCGCAUUCCUGCCGAAACUUCCUCCUAAUAGUGCCGAGUGUCGUGUGCGUGACAUCUUCAUUGCUCUUUGGACCAGCUUUGCAAAGCACGGUGACCCAACGCGCGAAGUGCCCUCAAAUUUGGUCCCGGUACGGUGGGAACCAGUUUCAAAGAUUGCACGCGAUUCGGACGACUUCCAGCUGGAUUGUCUCGAGAUUAACACCGUACCGCGAAUGGUACGAAACCCGGGCGCUGGGCGGAUAAAGUUUUGGCGUGAUCUAUUGAAAAAGUAUCGUACCGACUAUCUGUAACACGCCCCCAAAAACGUGUCAGCCGAGUAUCACCCUGGGAAGCUACAUGGCGAUAUUAACAGCGAGGUGCUAAUGCGUGUAAAACAUCUUACCAAAUAAAUGU